AUUGGAAAAAAGACUCUUGAAAAAAAAUUAAGUGAUAUAAAUAUAUGCACGAAAAUGUUUUAAAAGCGACGAGAUUAGGGAAUCAUUUGAUGAAUAAUUAGCAUAUUUAAUUAAACAAAACUAACAACAGAAUUUUUCUGGUAAAAGUCAUUUCCAAAGCGAGAAGGACAAAAAUUGUAGAGAAUUUUUUUGUAAUUUGAUUAUUUUCGAGGAGAACGUUUCUGUCGGUUUUGGAAAGGUGCUUAGGGAACUUACACAAUACGACGAGAAUUUCAGUGUUUUGCUUCUUUAUUUUGUUCAAAGAAAAACCCGCAAAAUUAGUUUUCGCAAAGCAAUUCUAUGAUAAAUACAGAAUUGCCUUGAAGUGUAAGUAAAAAUAAGUGCGUGUGAGCAUUGCGCGUACAAAAAGAAUAAUAGAAACGAAAACCUCGAUUCAGUGGAAUUCAGUAGUGUAUUGUGUAUCGUUUAAAAAUAAAUAAAUAAACCAAAUAUAAUUUGGUGUAAAAUGUCGGCAACUCAGACAGCAACUACGCAAGGCAAUCAGUCGGCUGGUGGCGGUGAUCAGCAACAAUCUUCUUCAGUCAUCACACCAGAUAGUCCCACACGUAACUUGAGAUCCACUUUGAAUACCACGGAACGUGUUAUUGAUAGUGUGCCAUUUCCACCCAGUCACAAAUUAACGAUGCCUGAGGUGUUUUCGGAUCAACGUACAGGCAAACCGAAUCAUGAUUUACUGAAGCAACACUUUAUUUUGGAAGGGCGCAUUGAAGAAGCUCCAGCUUUACGGAUUAUACAGGAGGGUGCUGCCUUGUUACGUCAAGAGAAAACUAUGAUCGAUAUAGAAGCUCCGGUGACAGUGUGCGGUGAUAUACAUGGCCAAUUUUACGACCUGAUGAAACUUUUCGAGGUUGGUGGAUCUCCAGCAACAACUAAGUACCUCUUCUUAGGUGAUUAUGUUGAUCGAGGUUACUUUAGCAUUGAAUGUGUUUUGUACCUAUGGUCUUUGAAAAUUACCUAUCCGAACACGUUGUUUCUGUUGCGUGGUAAUCACGAGUGCCGUCAUCUGACUGAAUAUUUCACUUUCAAACAGGAAUGCAAAAUAAAAUACUCGGAGCGUGUGUACGAUGCCUGUAUGGAAGCUUUCGAUUGUUUACCGCUGGCGGCCCUUAUGAAUCAACAGUUUUUGUGCGUACACGGUGGCCUUUCGCCCGAAAUACAUGAAUUGGAGGACAUACGACGGUUAGACCGUUUUAAAGAGCCCCCUGCUUUUGGACCAAUGUGCGAUUUGCUGUGGUCUGAUCCAUUGGAGGACUUUGGCAAUGAGAAAAACUCCGAUUUUUACACACAUAACUCCGUACGCGGCUGUUCGUAUUUUUACAGCUAUGCCGCUUGUUGUGACUUCCUGCAAAAUAAUAACCUUUUAUCGAUUAUACGGGCCCAUGAAGCACAAGAUGCUGGAUAUCGCAUGUAUCGUAAAAGUCAAACCACCGGUUUCCCUUCCCUUAUCACCAUUUUCUCGGCUCCUAAUUAUCUAGAUGUGUAUAACAAUAAGGCUGCCGUGCUUAAAUAUGAAAAUAAUGUUAUGAAUAUACGACAGUUUAAUUGUUCGCCUCACCCUUAUUGGCUUCCGAAUUUCAUGGAUGUGUUUACUUGGUCGUUACCAUUUGUAGGCGAAAAGGUGACCGAAAUGCUAGUUAAUGUAUUGAAUAUAUGCUCGGAUGAUGAGCUAAUGACGGAAGAAAGUGAAGAGCCUUUAUCCGACGAUGAGGCUGCAAUACGUAAAGAAGUCAUUCGCAAUAAGAUACGGGCUAUCGGCAAGAUGGCACGUGUUUUCUCUGUGUUACGUGAAGAAUCCGAAUCUGUGUUGCAACUUAAAGGACUUACACCCACCGGAGCCUUGCCAUUGGGUGCACUGUCGGGUGGCAAGCAAUCACUUAAGAAUGCCAUGCAAGGCUUCUCACCCAAUCACAAAAUCACCUCAUUUGCCGAAGCUAAAGGAUUGGAUGCAGUCAAUGAAAGAAUGCCACCGAGACGUGACCAACCACCAACGCCCACCAGUGAGGAACAAAAUAAUCUGGCCGGCGGCGGAAAUGAUAAUAUCAAUAGCAAUACAAACAACAAUGCCUCUCAUAAUGGGUAAUUAGUAGGCCAGUAAGCAAUAUUUAGAAUGAAAAAAGGAGAAAUAUAUAUAAAUACAUAUAUAUAUAUAUAAAUACA